ACACAUUGUUCUGUGUCCAGCUGUGCCUUGUUCUCCUGUGGGCUGAGAUGACGACAGAAACAAGCGAGGGGGUGGAGAGAACGACAGAGUGAGGGACUCUGAUGCAGAUUCAGAGUAGAACGCUCAUUUCUUUGUUAACAUCUCAUCGUGAUGUCAGUUUAUGAAGCCUGAGGUAUCCAAUUCCAAAGCUUGAACAGAAAAAAAACAUAUCCCAAGAUGCAGUGGUGCAGGUGGGCGGGCAGUUGGAGAUCACACCUAUCAAGACAGUCUGCAGGGCCUGAGGUUGAGGACUCUUUUGACUUUCUAUUUAAAAUCAUCCUGGUUGGAGACUCAGAUGUUGGAAAGACCUGUGUGGUCCAAAGCUUCAAGUCUGGAAUUUUCAUUGAGAAACAGCAAAACACCAUCGGGGUUGACUUUACUGUUCGCACCUUGGACAUUGACGGAAAGAAGGUGAAGAUGCAGGUGUGGGACACAGCAGGACAAGAGCGUUUCCGUACCAUAACUCAGAGCUACUACCGCAGCGCUCAUGGGGCCAUGGUAGCUUAUGACAUCACACGCCGCCCCACGUUUGAAUCUGUACCACACUGGAUCAGGGAGGUGGAGCAGUACGGAGCCGCCAGCAUAGUACUCAUACUUAUUGGGAAUAAGUCGGACCUCCACACACAGAGGCAGGUGUUGUUUGAGGACGCAUGCACGCUGGCGGAAAACAACCACAUUUUGGCUGCUCUGGAAACCUCAGCCAAGGAAGCUCAGAACGUGGAGGCGGCCUUCAUCCUUAUGGCUCGUGAGCUGCUGGCGAGGAACGGCAUGACCAUCACAGAUGAGGCACACACAGAUUCGCCUCAUUUCAUGUUAAGCAACAGCUCCCACCAGAUCUAUGGCUCUGAACCUUCAGAUAAGAAGUGUGGGUGCUGAGGGACAUGCACACAGUGACUUAAAAAAUGUCUGGCAUCAGCAAACAUACAUGUUUAAAAAGCUAACAGAGAAAAAGGGUUAUUUAUAUACUUAGUGUAUGUUUUAGCAGAUACAUAUAUUCUGUGUGUAAAUGAGUUUUGUAUUGCUUUCAUAUUGUGUGUAUUUUCAUAUUUAUACUAAGUAAAAUCAGUAUAACC